AUGACGCGGCUGGCGGCAUUUGGAGGCGGUGAUGGUCGUCGUUUGGAUUGUUUGGAAGCGGUCUUGGGCACGCGUAUGUAUUCGCAGUUUGGCGAAGGCUUCUGGCAGGCGUGGUUACAGACGCGGAACUUUAGGGCCUUCUUUGCACUCAAUUCUCUGCCCAAAAUACCCGUCUGGACCGUACCACCUCGUGUCGGUUUCGGACAUUACGUGUAUAACAAUGGCGACAUUUUCCGCGGCCAGUUUCGCAGGAGUCUGCGCCAUGGGCCUGGACGUUACUUGGGCAAGAACGUCGUCUACGACGGCGAUUGGAAAGAAGACCGCCGCCACGGUCGUGGCGUCUAUCGCUCUGCCCUCAGCAUGUACGCCGGCGAUUGGAAAGAAGAUGCCAAAUGGGGCAUUGGCUUCUGCCGCAGUCGCACUGAAAUGCUCUGCGGCCAGUUCGUCAACAACCGCAUACACGGCGUAGGCAUCUACGUCCACAUGGCCCUUGACAUAAGGGUCGAAGGAACCUUCGCCCACGGCCUCCUCCAGGGCAACGCGCGACUUGUCAAUAACUCCGGACUCGCACUCCCCAUCAACCGCGAUGCCCUAGCACCCCUCGUCGUUCCCGAGUGGGCCGACGGCAAAUACCCCUACGAAUACUCCGGCAACUGGCAUGAAGGCCGCUUCCACGGACUCGGCACGCUCUAUAUCAAACGCAAAGACAAUGACGAAAACGGCCAAACUGCAGGCGGGCAAUCGAGUACCCGUCAAGGCGCACAGUCGAGUGCAGGGUUAUCCACGACCAGCACGGGGGGGCAGUCGCCUUUCCACGAAGCCAACUCGGUGCUCGAGAGCCGCACCAUACUGGUCUACAGUGGGGAGUUUUACCGUGGGUCGCUCCACGGCAACGGCACCAUGGUCUUCGAGGACGGCUCCGCCUUUGUGGGCCAGUGGCUGAAUAAUGCACGCUCCAGCGGGACUUUCAUUUCUUCCACCGCCUCCUGCGACUGGUCCACCGACGACGACCAGCCGCCGUCCAAGACCAGCCACCUCUCGGAGUCACUCUACUUGACCAUGGAGGGUCUGCGCAAAACACUCUCACCUUUGACCUCCGACCCAGCUAUGGAAGAACUACGGGGACCGGAAUCGCUCCAGAACCCGGCAGCAACUUGCACUGAGAACCCCCUCAACGAGGAAUCUCUGGUUGAAGAAUUUCUGGUUGAAGAAUCUCCGGCUCAGGGACCCCCUCUCAAAGGCGAAUCUCUGGUUGGAGAAUCUUUGGUUGAAGAAUCUCUGCUUGAAGAGUCACCGGGCUUGGAGAAAUCGCCCACUUCCGAUCAAGGGCCCUGCAAAGGACCCGCACCAAGUCCCUUACCGGGCUCCUCUUGGGGAGCGCACUGGCAGCCGUCAGACGCCUCCAACUUACUCACGGAAAAAUGCUCUCGGCCGGAGCCUUCACUGAACUCGCCACUACCAGAGACUCAGAGACUGCUCUCUGAAGGUUACUCGGCCACCGGAACGGACGAUCCAAGCCAGAUCUAUUUCCCUGACCAAAGUCAGCAUGAGCCAAGUCCGCAUGACCCCAGUCGGCAGGCUAGAGGCGUGCCCGCGGUGGUGGUAGAGUCGGCGGGACAAGAGCCUACGGCUGAGCUCGCGGCUAGGUCCAUGGCAGAGCCCCCAGCUAGACCCAUGGCUAGUCCCGUAGCAGAGGACAUCCGGGGCGUGGUCUACCGUCUGGGAUCGCAGGCGCAUCCGUUCGACGGCCGGAAGUCGUCAUCUCAAUUGGAUGACCACCCGGAGCAGUCAAACAGCGCCCGCCCUGGUCAAACGGAAGUGGUGACCGUCCCGCUGCAGCUGCCCGACCAGUUACUACCCGACGAGUUGCUGCCCGCGCCGUCGUUGUCUGACCAGGGAGGGCAGAAGACUAGGACGGAUUUCUCUCCGAGAGCCUUCUUCGCGCGGGUCGCUUCUGACGCCCACAAGUCCGGAACCAAGGAGAGCCGUCGGCGAGAGGAUGGCAGGAAAGAUGGCUGGAAAGACGAAGGCCGGGGCAAGAAGGACAAGUUCGACCCGAAGCAGUUGAUUAAGGGGGGCAGGAUGAAGGACCAUUCGGCGAAGGACCAUGCGGUAGUUGCUGGUUCGGUUUAUGAAAGUGUUCUUAACUUCAGCCGCAUGGUAAGUGAUGUCGAGCCGUUGGAGCCGUGGUGGCCGACACCGUCCGUUAUUCGACCGGUGCUGAAGGAGUUGGUGGACGUGGUCCCUACGAGUGAAGACGGCUGCAUAGUGUUCGACGGCUGUUGGUUGACGGCUUCGAACAUGGUGGAUGACCUGGAUCUGAACGUGAAUUGGACGGUUCGGAAGGUGCGGGAAUGGCAGUACACUGGCGGCAUUUCUAUCGACCCGCCGUCUCUGGGUGUUCGAAGGGUCAAGUUCCACGGGUUUGGCCAGUUACUGCUUUGCGAAGAAAAAGCCGUCAUCGAAGGCUACUGGCGGCAUGGCACGCAACAGAGUCCGGCAGUAUUACGGCGAGACGCAGACGUGCUCAAUCCAAGUGUCUGGCUCAAGAAGACCGUUGACGACACCUUCGAAGUUUCCACCGAAAAGUAA